CUAACUCUUAAGAUGGCAAUAUAAAUUAUACCCAUUGCAGAUUAGCGAUGCGUAGCCCAGUACUCCGUACAAUGCUUUGGAUCAGGACUUUGUGCAUCCCACUGUACCCGCCGAGUGGUGGCGUCGACGCUAGAGAUGACAUUUUAUCCUUGGAAGAAGUUCUUUACGAGCGGAAACGGUUGAGCUUCAAAGAGCACAUGUGUGUGGGUGCAGGAGGGUGUGCAACGGGUGAGCUAAGAAGAAAGGAAGCCAAGUCGAAACAGCCGAGGCUUGUGUCGAAAAAAGUCAACUCAACGGCUGAUUUGUUGACUUCCCAGUGUGCAGCAUAUGUAUGUACUAUGUCGAAGGAAACAAUCAUGAACAGCAGGACGCCAAAGAGGUCAACAGCACGGCAUUCGUAGCACGGCACGGAGCAGGGGAGUUUGAACUCUCCCAUCCCAUCCCAGAGACAGACAUGUGGAGGAGCUCGCUUGGC